AUGGAGAAUUGGAAUUUGAUUAGAUAAGAAUGCAAAGAUCAAUCAGAAUCUGUUAUCGCUUACUUAUUCUAAAGAUUUCCCAGUCUUCGAAACCUGCUCAAGAGUUAAAUUUUAAAGUCUUUACCAAAUUCCUAUUUGGUUUGCUAUGUGUUAGACAAAUGCACCCCUUUAGGAGAUGGUGCAUUUGCUCUUAAUUUGAAAGCAUUACAAGGAAUUCUGAUAGCAGAGCCAGAAAAGAGGUUGUUCCUUGAAAAAGAAUUCUAUGACCAAAGACUAAAAAAUAGACAAGUCAAACAUAUUUUUGCAAUUACAUAAUAAAAUAAAAGGAUUAACACAGGAAAUGAAAUUUAGGUAGACAAAAUAAAAUUAAAUGAGUUAACAUAUAUGCUAGAUCAAACUAAUUUUGUUCUAAUUUGUGGCCCAUUUGGUUGUGGUAAAACCACUUUACUAAAAUACUAUUUCGAAUUACAUAAACAAAAAGAGUUAACAUUAUACAUGGAUGAAACCAUAGAUUUCUAAUCUUUAAUAGGUCAAUUCGUAUGUACUGAAUAAAUUGGAGUUUUUACACAUAAAGCAGGACCUUUGUUAUUUUGUGAGAAUAUUGGAGCUUAUCUGGUUUUGAAGAAUUAUUCUGAAACUAGUGAAGACUUCAAAUAGUAAUUAAGAAGAGCCUUAUAAUUAAAGUAUGUUGAAGUAAAUGGAUAAAAAAAAGAUAUAUCAAAUCUAAAGGUCAUUGCAGUACAAAAAGACAUAAUUGAAGAUGAGUAUGUAUUAACAAUGGAACCAGUUAGCUUUGAAGCACUAAAAUAAAUAAAUUGCAGAUAUUUUAAAGAAAUUCUCGAAUACUUUUAAAAUACAUAAUAGAAACCAGAAUUAAAAGAUUUAUAUAAAUUAAAAAAUAGAUUCCAAUAUCACCUAAAAGAUUAUUAAGAUCAAGUUUAUAUUCCUGAAUAAGUCAGAGUUAAAUUAUGUUUGGAAUGUUGGGAGGUAUUAAAAGUAGAUUUAUCUUAAGUGUUUUAAUUGGAUUAAUUGAGAUAAACAACUUAUUUAUAGAAAUAUGAUCAUUAUUUAGAGUUCAGUAAGUUAGGGUAAAUUGAAAUUAAUCAAGAUUCUCAAUCUCUUAUUGUAUAUAAUCAAUAUUCAAGUAGAAUAAUGGAAUAAAUAAUGACGUGCAUAUUGAAUGAUGAAGCAUGUCUAUUAGUUGGUGAUACAGGCUGUGGCAAAACUACACUGACAUAACAUUGUGCUUAGUUAUUAGGAAAGAAAUUACAUAUUUAUAAUUUAUCAGAAGGAUCAGAUUGUCAGGAUCUUAUUGGAGGAUUCAGACCAUUAAAUUAAGAAACCUUAAUUAAAAUUAAUUACACAAAGUUUCUCAAAUAUUUUACUAAAACUGUAGAUUGUAAAAAGAAUUAAUAAUUUAUAAAUUCUCUUCAAAAAUUGUAUGCUACUAAAAAGUUUAAUAUGUUAGUUAAAUGUAUGAUUGAGACAAUGUAGCAGUGUUUGUCUAAAGUUAAUGAUAAUAAACUCAAAGAAAAAAUGAGUAAAUUAAUGAAAAAUUUGAAUAGUUCAGUAUAGGAAAUGAGUUUCUAUUUUUUGACUGGAAAUUUUAUUAAGGCAAUGUAGAAGGGAGAUUGGGUAUUGAUAGAUGAAAUAAAUUUGGCAAAUAAUGAAUUAUUACAAAAGAUAUUGCCAGCUAUUGAAAAAACUUAAUUGUUAUUUUAUGAAAGAGGAGAUGAAAAUCCUAUUAAAAUACAUCCUAAUUUCAGAAUAUUUGGUUGUAUGAAUCCUGGUACUGAUGUUGGUAAGAAGGAAUUGCCACCCAAUAUUAAAAAUAAAUUUACAACCAUAUAUUGUCAUGAAUUAUUAGAUAAAUAGGAUAUUAUUGAUUUUAUAAAAGGACUUAUUGGUCAUUCCUUUGAUGUUGUAAAAUUAGCAGAUUUAUAUUUGAAUUUAAAAGACAUUUGUAAAAAGCACUAAUUCAAUUUGUAAACAUUCUCAUUAAGAAAUCUAGCAAGAGCAUUACAUUACUUUAGAAGUUCUAAAUUAAAAAACUAAAAUCUAGCAAUGUUUAAUGGUUUAUCAUUGGCAUUUGGAAGUGGAUUAGGAAAAGAUUCUCAGGAUUUGUUUCAUUAACAAUUAUAAAUAAAUGGUUUAGAUUAUAAAUAAUUUACACCCUCAUUAAAUUAAUAAAACUAUAGAGUAUUUGAUUAAUACGUGGAGAUAUAUGGAUUUUAAUUGCCAAGAGGAUAUGAAUAACCAAUAUCACCUGAAAAAUGCGAGUAUUUAAUAACUCCAAGUAACUUUGGUUAUUUAUUAUCUUGUUUGAGAUGUAUAUCAGGAACAGGAAUUCCUAUAUUAUUGGAGGGUCCAACAAGUGGCGGUAAGACUUCAUUAAUAUAUUUUAUUGCUAAGAUCUGUGGUUAAAGAUGUCAUAGAAUCAAUAAUCACUAGAAUACAUAAUUGGAGGAAUAUUUUGGAACAUAUAGUUAAGUAGGUAAUAGUAUUCAAUUUGUUGAUGGUUUAUUGGUAACUGCAAUGAGAAGAGGAGAUUGGAUAAUAUUAGAUGAAUUGAAUUUGGCUCGAAGUGAAAUUCUUGAAAAUCUAAAUAGAUUACUGGAUGAUAACUAAGAGUUAUUUCUACCGGAGACAUAAACAACAUUAAAACCACAUCCUGGAUUCAGAAUAUUCGGAACAUAGAACCCAGUUACAUAUAGUGGUAGAAAAUAAUUAUCGAAAGCAUUUAGAAAUAGAUUCAUUGAAAUAUAAGUAGAAGAAAUUUCGACUGAAGAUUUAACUAAUAUACUCAAAACUAGAUGUAAAUAUCUACCAGAAACUCAUAUUCCCUUGGUCAGAUAAACUUAAGUUUAGAUCAAUCUUUUAAGGGCAAGUGAGUCAUUGUUUAUGGGAAUGGUCACAUUAAGAGAUCUUAUAAAAUGGGGUAAUAGAAUGAAAAAUGCAGCAAGUGGUAAAGAAUCUACAGCAAUGGAAGGAUAUUGUUUAAUUGUUGAGAGAGUCAGAGAUUUGUAAUUGAGAAAACAACUGCAAACUAUUAUUGAAAACAUUUUUAAAGUUAAGUUACAUCCUGAAGAUUACUAUAUGGAAGUGCUCAAAAAUAGCGGACUAAUAGAAUUUAGCAGUAAAUAUAAUAUUUAAUGGAAUCAAUCCUUUAUAAGAAUGACAGCUUUAACUUUGAAAUCUAUUUAAAAUAAUGAACCUGCUUUAUUAGUUGGUCCUCCAGGUAUUGGUAAAACUACUUUAACAGCAAUAAUUGCUGAUAAAUUGAAUUUAUAAAAUUAGCAUAUAGUUUGUCAUUAAUAUCUAGAAUUAUCUGAUUUUGUUGGAGCCUUAAGACCAUCUAGAGAUGCAAACUCUAAUAGUCCAUUUUCAUUUUAAGAUGGUCCAUUAUUAAAGUGUUUUAAAGAAGGGGGAGUCUUUCUCAUUGAUGAAGUCAAUAUGUGUCCAGAAAGUGUGUUAGAAGGAUUGAAUUCAUGUUUAGAAUAACCAGCCACACUGACAGUUAAUGAUCAAUUUUAUUAAGCUCAUAAUACCUUUGUUAUAAUUGCUGCAAUGAAUCCUUCAGGAGAUUGGGGAAAAAAAGAAUUGACUCCAGCAUUAAGAUCAAGGUUUACUGAAAUUUUUGUAUUUAAUCCAUUAUCGAAAAAUGAAAUGCAUACUAUUGUUUAAUAAUUUGAAUAAUUACAUUGUAAUACUAUUUGUGAAACACUUUUAUCCCAUGAAGAUAUGACAUUUAGAGAUCUACUCUAAAUUGUAGAACACAUCAGAAAAUUAAGAUAGACAGGAUAUUCUGAUGAGUCAAUAAUUAUUUAGGAAUCAAUUGACUUUGCCCUUGAUUAAGUUACAUCAAUUAGAAAUAACCUCUAUUAAGAUAUGGAACUGGAACAAACCCAACUUAUCCCUGAGAUCAACGCAUAUAAACUAUUAAGAGCCAUAAACAUCCACAAUAAGCCUAUUAUGAUACAAGGGCCACCAUAAUGUGGUAAAACUCAUAUCAUUCAAUAUUUUGCUAAAUAGAGAGGUGUUAAAUGCGUAAAAAUUAUUUUUGAUGAACAAUCUGAUUUAUAAGAAUUAUUAGGCACAGAUCAACCUAAUAGCAGUUUAGAUUAAAUUUCUAAAUUAGUAGGUUAUUAAGUAUCAUCUGAAUAAUCUAAUGGACAAUUUAGAUUUGUUCCAGGCCCACUUCUUGAAGGACUCAAAAAAGGAUACUGGGUUAUUUUAAAAAAUCUCAAUCUCGCUCCUUAGAAUGUUUUAGAAGGUUUAAAUUCAAUUUUAGAUCAUAGAAGAGAAAUCUUCAUUCCAGAAUUAGGUCAAAUAAUAUAAGUACAUUAAAAUUGUAAAUUAUUUGCUAUUCAAAAUCCUAUGACUUGUGGAGAAGGAAGAAAAGGAUUGCCUCUAAGUUUCCUAAAUAGAUUUAUCAAAAUUGAAUUCUAAAAGUAUUCUGAAGAGUUUAAAUUACAAAUAUGUCCCUCAAUUAACGUACCUUUGGCAGCUUUGAAUUUGUAUAAUCUAUUAUCUUUUAAUUAAGCCUUGAGAGAUAAAUUGUUAAUUAAUUCAACAAAUAAUCAAAUUACCUCAGAUCAUAUUGAUUCUACACUUUGGGCACAACAAAGAAUUCAUUUUAGUGAUUUAAUUCAUUCUAUUACUCAUCUGAGAUCUGUUCUUAUUAUAGGCGAUAAACAAAUUGGAAAGAAAUACCUUAUAGAAAAAGUGGCUAAGUAUUGUAACUAAUAAUUAGUAAAUAUCUUAUUAAGCAAAUAAACUGAUUCAAUGGAAUUAUUAGGAUAAUACGUGUAAGGAGAUUAGGAUUCAUUGUUCAAAUGGCAGUUUAGUAGAUUAGUAGAAGCUGCCAUUAAUGGAGAAUGGGUAUUAAUAGAUUCUCCAAGUAGAGAAUUAUUUCCAAAAUUAAGUCAAUUUAUUGAAGAAGACCAUUUUACAUUAUUUGGAAUUGAUAUUCCUAUAAAUAGUAAAUUUAAGAUUUUUAUUACAACAGAAUAAUUAAAUUUGCAUCAUAAUGUAAAAUUAUAUUUGCAAAUGCAUUCAACAUAUGAAUUUAAAUUAUCAUAUUAUUAAGAUAUCAGAAGAAUUAUCUAUCAAGAUUUUGAAGAAUUAUGUGAUCAUCAAGAAAUAGUGCUACAUUACUUUUAAAAAUAUGAUAGCAUUAUUCCAUAAUAAUAAGUAAAAAGAAUGUUAAAAAAAUUGAGAAUAUAAAUUGAAUCUAUUUUAUUAACUUAGGAAUUAGUUAGUCAAUAUGAAAUUUAAUUAUUAUGCGAUCAAAUAUUUUCAGGCUAAGAAAAUAUCUAAAAUAUUAAUCAAUAGAAUAGUCUAAUUAAUUUAAAUAUCAUAUUCAAAAUUGAUAAUCCAAUAAUUGAAAUCAAAGAUUGUUCACUCAAAAAUGAUAGUUCUAUCAUAAUAAAUUAGGCACAUAAUUAAUCUUUAGUUAAACGAAUUAUUAGAGAACACAAUAAUAUUUAUUUAGAAUAUUUUAGUUUUGGCGAAUAAUCAAUCCUUUAGCAAUAAUUUGAUACAAUGUUAUCAACUAAUCUACAGUUGUUUAAAGAAAACUCAUUUAAACUGAAAGAAUCCUCUAAUAUUUAGAUUCCAGAAUUAAGUAAUUCAUUAGAAGGAUUAGUUCAAUCUAUUGUUAAAGUGAAAUUAUUACAACAAUUAGUCUCUAUUCUCCAAUAAUAACAUAUAAAUUAUACUGAUGUUAAAUUAUACGAAUUUAUGCUCAGAUAAAAGAGCUUUGAAUUCUAAUACGAUACUGAUUUAUAGAAUAAUAUGAUAAAGACGAUUGAGGAUUGGAGGAAGUAAGAAAUCUUUGAUUAUAUUAUCUUUGAUAAGAGAAUACCCAAUAUAACAGAAGAUAUUGUACAAUUGAAAAAUAAAGUCAAUCUAUUAAGUGAAUAAUUAAGAGAAUCUGAAAAUCUGAAAGAAUUUGUUUUACUACUUAAGUAGUGUUUAUAAAGUAAGCCUUUGGCAGCAAUUGACUCAUGGGUAUCAAGUUUAUUAAAAUCUUAAUUCCCUUUAUCUUUUAAUGAAUUCCCUCUAAUAUCUGAUUAAUAGAGUGUUUUGAAUCAUUAUAGAUAUUAUUUAACAAAGGAAGUCAAUUUUGAAAAUAAAUUAAACAUCGAUAUAUAUCAACUGCAAACUCUUUUCAAUUAUUAGAAAACUGAUUUAUCUCAUCAGGAACUUCAUUUUGUUUUAAAGUUUGUUCAAUUCUACAUUGAUUAUUUGAAUGUUAAUCCAAAAAUUUAUUCCAAUCCCUUAAAGAUAUGUGGAAGUGAUUAAAUAUAAACAUAUAUUUAAUAUUUGAAGAAUAGUCAUUCAAAAGUUGAUUUAAGUCAAACUUAAUAAAUUUUAUUAUAAGGAUUAUUGUAGGCUCAGUUAUUUGAAAUUCCAUUCUACUAGUCAUUAUUAAAUAGAUUUUAGUUUUCUAGAUCUUAACAUACUUAUCAUAAUAAAAAAGUAGAAAAAACCAUGACAAUUGAAUUCUUUUAGAAGAUAAUAGACCUAACAGAAGAUGAUCUUAUGAAAUUAUCUUCAAAUGAAAUCCAAUUGAUUAUCCUUCAACUUUAUUAAGAAUAAUUAGAAUAAGCGCAAAAUGCAUGUUUUGAUUCAUAGUACCUACUUAAAGGGUACUACUAGGAGAAACACUAAUAAUUAAGUUAAUUAUUAGACUCUACAAAACAAAAAGUAGAUUAAAUUAAAGAGAGGUUGUUUAUAAGAGAUCCUAACUAAACAAAUUUAGAGGCUACAAUGCAAUUUAUUUAAGAUCUAAAAUAAGCAUUAUUAACAAUAAGCAAAAACAUGAAUAUAUCCUACAUUGAAGCUUGGAUAAUCCAAUCAUAUGAUAAAUAUUAUUAUGGUUUUAAGGAUUUCCUUUAGCCAAUUUAUGAGUCUUUAAUGUUUAUCUAAUAUCCAGUUGAACCAACAGCUCAACUUUCCAAUAGUGGAUUCAAAUAUUAAUUAAGAAGUUUGAAGGGAUAAGGAUUUAUUACAUUCUCUGAUUAAAAACUGAUUAGUUAAGAAGAGAGAGAUGUCUUUAAGAUGGAUGAUGCUAAAUUGUAUAUUCUAUUAAGUAGAAAGAUUAAAGGGUUAGUUGUUGAAUAAUAUAAUGAUAAUACUGUAGAAAAUGAAUAAAAACAAUUAGAAAUAUAAUUAAAGAAGGAGUUGAACCAAUAUAGAGAAGAAUUAGAGUAAGUUGGAAAGGUAACAACUGAGGAAUUAAAACAUAACGUAAGAGAAGAGUUAAGUUAAUUAGAUAUUCUAAGCAAGGAAUUCUUAGAUUACAUUUUAGAAUUAGAAUCUUAAAACAAAAAUCCAUUGAUUAUAACAAAGAUGUUUGGUAGAUUUAUUUAGCCAACUUUGUCUAUUUCCGAUGAAUUACAUAUUGAUGCCUUUCUCUAUAGAUUGCAAUUUAAUAAAUUAUAAAAUGUGUAUAAAUAGACUGAUUAGGAUGAAAUAACUAAAGCAACUGAUUUAUUGAUGAAGACUUUAAUUAAAAUAAAAUAAAUCUAAGAAGAUGAUUUAUUUGCAGAGAAUGAAGUUAUCUAAAGUAUGGGAGUGUUCAUAGUUCACUUGUUAAAAUAGUAGGCCUAUUCAACCCCAUUAAUCAAAUUGAUAACAGGUAUUGAAUUGCUAUUGGAAAAAAUUGAAUUAUGGGAUAAAACAGUUCCGAAAGAGUUUAAAAUCUAUGGAUACGAUUUAUAAAACAUUGUUAUUAAAUGGAGAAAAAUUGAAAGAGAUGGAUGGAAAUAUAUUUUGGCAAAUAAGAUUUAAGAACUUUGGUGCGUAGAAAGUAUUAUACUAUUUAAGUUAUUGAGAGAUUUAUCUCAUAAUUCUCUUAAAACUUAUUUGAAUGAGUGUGACAUAGGAGUUUUUGAAAUAAGAAUAAUUAUGCUUAGAUAAAUAUUACAAUAUUUGAAUUUACAAUAGAGAUAAUUGAUUUCAUAACAUAUUGAAUAAAGCUCAAUUUUUGUAGAAACGUAUAAUUAAUAAUUAGGAUCAACUGUCUAAGGUUAUAUAAAGGAAGUAGCUGAAUAUCGUAAAUUAGUAAGUUGGGAGUCUAAAAACUAUAUUAUUGUUCAAUAAACAUCUCACAAGAUGCAUGGAAAACUAAUAAAAGUUUAAGGUAGAUUCAGAGCUUAUUUGAAUGAGAAGAUACAAAAAAUCGUUAUCAAAACCCAAUUACAAGAUGAAUUUACUGAUUGUGUAGACGGAUUCUUACUCAAAUCUAAGCAAUUUUAAUAAAAGCCUUAAAAUAGCAGAUCAUUCCAUUCCAUGCUUUAAAAUUUAAUUGAGUAAAGUUUAGAAAGAGUGAAGAAUUUGAAAGAAUAAAAAUCAAAUUCCAAAUUAGCAGCAUUAAAGAACUUUUAAGAAUAUAUUAGUACAUUUUUGGGUCUAAAAUUGCACUAAUCAUAUAAGGAAGAUAAUCACUUAUUACAAAAUGAAGCUCAUCCAUUAAUCUCAAAAUCUUCAUUUUAUUAUUAUAAGGCAAUUUCUGUAAUGGAAUAAUCAGUUUUAUAAAUUGGUAAAUUUGUUCCUCCUGAAUACAAUACUAAAUCAUUUUCGUUAAUAUUAGAUUAUAUUAGGAAAUUGAAUCAUUAAUUUAAAUUGAUAAGACCAUUAAUUAAGACAGAAAAUGAGUCAAUUGCAAAGAAUGUAUAAGUAGUUCCAUAAGAUUAUCUUAAUUGUUUCAAAGAUACUGAUAUUUAUGAAUAAUUAAUCACAUUUAAUAAAAAUUAAGAUGAAUAAUCUUUGUUGAAAUUACUUGCUUAAAUUGAAUAAAAGUUUCAUAACUACUCUGAUAAAUAUGAAAAUACUUAUCACAUUCUCAAACAACUUCAUGAAUAUCUAUCAUUAAUUAACACUCAUGAUUUAAAGUAGAAUAUUGAGAAUGAAGAAAAAUAACAAUUGAAUUAGGAGAAGAUAUAGAUAGUUUAUGUCAAAUAUAUGAAAAAUCUUGAAUAAGAAGAAAAUCUAUUGGCAGGCGAAAUUAAAAUAUUAAAUUCAUUUAAUAAGCAUGGAAUAGAUUAAUCUAAAUUAAAUUUGGUAAUCAAAAAUUUAGAGUAUAGUUGUAAGUUUUUAUAUUUUAUGACCAGUAUUCUAUGUAAUAUCAUUGUUAAAGGAUUUUGUUAAAAAGAUGAUGAUUAAGAUGAAAAUGGAGAAGAUAAUCCAGAAAACUUUUAGGCAGGAACAGGAAUUGGAGAAGGAAAGGGAGAGCAAAAUGUUACUAAAGAAAUUGAAUAUGAGGAAUAAUUAUUGGGAGAACAAAAAUAAUAAUAGUAAUAAUAGCCUGAAGAAGAAGAAUAGGAAUAAGAGAAAGAAAAGGAUAAAAAAGAGGAUGCUUUUGAUAUGAAAAAUGAUUUUGAUGGAUAAAAUUAAGAAUAAAGUAAAGAUGAAGAAAAUGAAGAAUAAGAAGAAGAAUAGGAAAAGAAUUCAAUGGAUGAAGGAUUCUCAUCUGUAAAUGAAGACAAUGAAGAUAUGAAAUAAUAUUAGGGAAGCGAAGAAGAAGAAGAAAACGAAGAUGAAUCUAAAUCAAACAGAAAGAAAUCAGACAUUGAAUUUAAUGCUGAUUAAGAAAAGGAUGAUAAAAAAAUACAAGCUAAAGAAGAAAGAGAGCAAAAAUAAAAUAACUAAAAGAGAAAUAUGAAAGAUUUAAAUGAAGAAAGUCAUGAUAUAGAUAGUUAGAUGGAAGAAGAGGAACAAGAUGGAGAUGAAGAAAAUGAUGAAUCAAUUGAAGAAUCAGGAGAAGAUCUUAAAGAUUAUGCAGGAAAAGGAGGAGAGUAAUUGGAAUCUAUGGAUGAAGAGGAUGUAGAAGAAUUAGAUAAUAACUAAUCAUAAAAUUAAGAUCAAGAAAAUAUAAGUAUGAAUGAAGAAGAAAAUCCUAAUCCAGAGGAAAUGCCAAUAGAAGAGGAAGUUAAAUUUGAUGAACCAAAUAUGGAUCAGGAGGCUGAGAAAUAAGAUAUAGAUGAAGAUAUUAUGUAAAAAUAGGCAGAAGAAUUGGAGAAAUAGGAUAUGGAUAAUAUAGAAUAAGAAUAAGAUCAAAAUUAAAAUUAACUAUUUAAAAAUUAAUAAGAUAUUGAAAAUUAAUUAAAUGAAUAAGCAUAAGACUAGGGAUAAUAAGGUGAAGAAGGAACCUAAGAUAAAGAUGAUAAGGAGAAAAAAGAUAAAGAAUAAGAUAAUAAGAACAAAAAGUAAAGAGAGUAAGGAGAUGAUGGAGGUGAUUCUAAAUUAGAGAUGAUCAAAAAGUUAUUUGAUGCAAUGGAACAACAUUUAACAAAAGAAGAUAUGGAUAAUUUCAAAAAGGAUCUCAAUGUUCAUGAUAGUGAAUAAGAAGAUGUUGACAAUGAAGAAGCACUUCAGGAUAAUGACUACAAAGUAUCUAAAGAUUAAAUCCAACAUAAGAGAGAGAACACAACAAAUUUACCAACUAAAUUUUAGUAAAACGAAGCUUAAGAAAUGAAAAGAGAGGGAGAAGAAAACAAAGAAAAGGGGUAGGGCAAAAACAUGGAUGAAGAAAAAGAAGAAAAGAAAGAUUAAGAAAAUGAAAAUAAAGAAAAUGAAAAUAUUAAUUAGAGUAAUAAAGAAUUCAUCAUACCACAACCUAUUGAAAUUGAGAAUAAAAUUUUGAGUGAUAUCCCAAUAGAAGAAUACAUCAAGUAAUAUUUUCGAUUGGGAUAUGAUUUAAAUGCUGACAUUAAUCUUUAGAAGGGAUUAGAAAUGUGGCCUAAAUUGUAAUAAGAAGUUCUUGAAAGUUCAAUACAUCUCUGUGAAGAACUUAAGUCUAUUUUAAUAGCCACUUAGGUUUCUGCUCUAAAAGGAGAUUAUAAAACAGGAAAACGAUUAAAUAUGAAGAAAAUUAUACCAUAUAUAGCAAGUAAUUAUAGAAAGGAUAAAAUAUGGUUAAGGAGAACAUAACCAUAAAAAAGGACCUUCUAAAUACUCUUAGCUUUAGAUGAUUCAUUAAGCAUGAGUGAAAAUUAAGUUGGAUAUUUGUCUCUUUAAUCUUUGACAUCAUUAUCAUUAGCUUUAUCUAAAAUGGAAGCAGGCUAAAUAGGAAUAGCCAGUAUUCAUGAAGGAAUGAGGUUGUUACAUGAUUUUAAUAAACCUUUUACUUAAUUAGAUUGUCCAUUCAUCUUAGGUUAAUUUAAUUUUGAAUUUGAAUCAAAAUAGAGCAGUGAAUUAUCUUUAAUGAGGUUUAUGAGAGAAUCAAUUGAUAAAUUCAAAAACAUCAGAGUUUCUAAUGCAUAAUAAAUUUGCUUUAUUAUGUCAGAUGGUAAAUUCAACAAGAAGAUGGUGAGACCUUUAGUGAGAGAAGCAGAAGAACUCUAAAUAUUUUAUGUAUUUAUAAUCCUGGAUAGAGAAGGUAUAAAAUUGAUCUAAUUUAGAUUAAUCAAUAACAAAUAUCAAAUCCACUCAUUACGUAACAGUUAAUGAAAAAUAAAAGAUUGAAAUAAGAAACUAUUUAGAGGAUUUCCCAUUCAGAUACUAUAUUAUAAUUAAAGUAAAUUAUUUUAUAUAUUGUAGUCUCCACAUGAAUUGAAUCAUGUACUUGUAAAUAUUCUUAGAUAAUACUACCAAUUAUUAGAAUGA